GUCUGACACUACUACUACCUAUGCCUGCCUGCCUUGGGUUGGACCUCGCAACGUCGGCCUUCUGACACUGCACCACCAACUCAACAAGCGACCCCUGACCACCCACACCAGACAUCAAUACCAUUGGAGCAGCACCGUUGGCGCGACCAUACACCCAUACACGCGCAACGCACCACGGCAGCGGCAGAGGCACAUGUACCUCCACUACUCCUGAUCACUAAAGCUGGCAGCGCGGAGCAGAGCCAGCAGGUUUGGGGCCCAGCGACCAAGCGCCACGGGCCAUCAACCGUGAACUGUGAACUGGCAGCCACGCCGAGCCAUCGCACAACGUCCGAGUCCUUGACGACGCCAUACUUCAUUAUUCUUUACGAGCAGUUGAAUCCCAUACCUCCUCAUCCCCAUUCAGCUUCGGGUACCGUUGGUUGUCUUGAAACGACCUGCCGCAACUGGCAAUUGCGGAACAAACCCCACGAUUGACACACAUAUCCUCAGCAUUGAAUCCCCAUCGCAUCUCCACCCGGACUGACUGACGACUUGCCCUUGUCUUGGCUUGGCUCUGCAGGUGGCCGUCCGACUUCAACUAUCUGCGCCCAACAGCCUGCGACCCGACUAUUCACCCGAUCGAUAACUGUCUACAAUUGCAUUUUCACGGUCUCCGACGACUGCGCUCACAUCAAAUCCCACGUUGGUACAUCCGUCACGAAAGAACCCAUAUUGAUCGGCGGCCGUCCCUUACUCCGCGCGAACGACGAAUUCGACGUAUUCGACGAAUCAUCCCCCUUCCUAGAUAGAACAACAACCACACAUAUCAAGCAGUCUUGCGAUAACAGUCGCCCGAAUGCAACGACCUACGGAGAAGCCCCGGAAAAAGGUGGUAUCAUAGAGAGGUUUCACCGUCAUGCUGGGCGCCUCCAGCCAGUCUCAAAAGGCACUGUCGCCUCAGCAGUCUGCGUCGAGCGUCAACACCCUCAACCCACGACCGAGUUUCGAGCGCGAAGCGAGCGCGGGCGGCCUCCAGCCGCCCUCUGCCUCUGCCAAUGCAUCGAGAAGCCUGGGCGCCUCAGGCGUCAGCUUCGGCCCGCGAGGCUCCUCGCUCAACCCCUCCAUCGCGCCCGGGAGCUUCAGUUCUGAGCUGCGCAGCCAGAUGAUGCCAUCUCGAUCUGGCUCCCGGGGCGAUAUCUACAGCAUCGAUAAGGUCGACGAGGAAGAUUCCGCCACGGCUGCCGAGCAGACACUUGCAGCUCUCAGAGAACAGCUGAAUCGUGAGAUGAAGAUCAAGGAUGGCAGUGAAAACAUGUUGGAAGCUUUGAAUGCGAAGAAAGCGAAGCAGACAAAGGAGCAAAGGGCCAAGGUCGAAGCCGAGCUCAACGCGUCCAAUCAGCGGAUCAAGAUUCUGCGGCAGAAGAUUGCAGACGCUUCGAGGUUCAAGCCGACGCCGACGACUCCAACGAGACAGAGGACCAACGAUGCGCUGUAUUCUUCCGCCAACAAUGGACUGCGCUCUCCGCCCAGUGCCUCUCGCAGUGGUGCUGGGUCCGACAACGAGGAGGCGGCCGAGCAGUCGCCUACCUUUCUUCUAGCCGAGUUGCUCCAGGCCCUAGAGCAGGAGGGUAUGCCUCCGGAAUACUAUGUCAGCCGAGGCAACAGCCUAGUCGACUUGUUUAGACGACACCCCACCCUCAAGUAUGACCUGGUGUGGUCUGUCUUUGGUCUGCGUAUGCAGGUCAUGCUCCUCAGCGAGGCCAGAGAAGUAGUAGCCGCUGGCUACCGCAUGAUACGAUAUGCCAUCUCAGAUGUGGGCUCCCUAAAAAAGAUCCGCAGUUUGAAUACUGACAUCAUUGUUGUGACAUCUUUGAUCAAAGACCGCAAGGCUGAUCUGGAGCGCGAGCAGGCUCUGAAGUUUGUCAGAGCCUUCUUGGAUGUAAAAGAUGGAGUUAAAGAAUUGUCACGCGCCGUGGUUCGAACUGUGGCUGCUGUUGCUGAGCAGGCUGAAGACCGCCUGCGGUCCAUCUGCCUGGAGACGCUUGCUGAGAUCAUGCUUCGUGAUCCUGCCCUAGCAGUCGCAUCCGGUGGCCUGGCACCACUCUCUGAGGCCUUGAUCGAAGGUACCUACAAGUCGCCAGAGUCUCUCACAACAUCCUACAUGCAUGUUUUGGACAGUCCGCAGAAGCGGGUUUACCUGCGCUCUGGUUAUGAUCUGGAGGUCCUCUUCACAGCGUUCACAGACAUUGUCUUGGCCAACGAGACUUUGUUGAAACAAAAUGCCAAGGCCAUCACCAAGAUUCUCAAGAGCUGGCCUGGUCUGAUGAUACUGACAAUGCACGAAUCCCGCGCUCUCAAGUCGCUACUGACCAGCAUGGUACUUCCCCAGCCCACCAUCCGAGAAACCGUCAUCGAUCUCGUUUACCUACUCCUUCGGAUCAAAUCUCCUUCAUGGGCUUCCUCUUUUCUUGCUGGCCGCCGUUUGACGACGUACGGACGGGUUGCUAGCCUCAAGUCCAUCCCGAACCAGACUUCAUCAGCGACGGCGUCCCCCAUGGAAGAAGAUAGCGGAGAGCAGAACUUCAUGGACCACUACACCGCCCUUCUUCUGGCAACAUUCGUCAAGGCCGGUCUUCUGGAAAAUCUCCUCCAGGUCGCACGGACCAGCGAGCCGCAGCUGUCAAGGAAGACAUGCCUCCUUAUCGGAGAGGUGCUGAAGCUGUCAAGCAGGCUCCUUCCCUCAUCAUGGAGCAACGAUCUCCCUCUGCUUCCAGAAUUGUUCGCCGCCGCCACCCAGUUCAAAGACGACAACCGAUUCAUUGCCUCCGGUAUAGUUUAUCAGAUUAGCUCGGUGAGCAGGACGCUGUACAGGAGCUCGCCGUCUGUUGCCACAGCUGGAACCCUGCCGUCUAAUGACAGCAUGGGCAACCUCGCGGACAUGCAUCGCAAGAGCAACGCCGGGACUGUGGUUCAAGAGGGCGCAAUCCGACAGCUCCUGGUUGAGUCUAACGUCUUGAACAGCUCCAACUAUUUGAAGUGGAACUGGGACGUCAUUUCCAGAAUAAUCGAAGGGCCGCUUCAAGAUGGAAAGCGGUUGGACGAGGUCAACAGAGUGUCCAAAUUCAUGAACAGGAUCAUGAGCUUCUACCGGCCUUUUAAGCACAGGUUCUCUGAUCUCUCGAGCAACAAAAACACGCAAAAGUACGUCAGGGUAGGAUGUGCUUUGAUGCAUACUCUCCUGCAGUCCCACGAGGGUGUCGACUACCUGCAGGAUCAUAAGAUGUUGCGGCAGAUAGCCGAGUGUCUGGCUCAAUGCGACCCGAGCAGCGGGCUGACGUCGACGGACCCUAUGUUCUCUCCUGGUCGCCUGCAAAGCACGCUUUGCGCUGGCUACUUCCCCAUGCUCGGCGUCCUCAGCGGUGACCCCAGGGGCUUGGAGCUUCUGCAGCGUUGGAGAAUGUUCAACAUGAUGUAUCACAUCCUCGGCCACAAGCAGCGCCCCGACCUGAUCAAGCUGCUGCUCUCCAACUUCGACUACAGCAUCCCAGGCCACCCGCGGGUGCUUAUAGAGCAAGCAUUGACGUCUGGUACGCGAGAGAUUCGCAUCACGGCGACGAACGCUCUGCGAAAGUAUGCGACUCGGCCUUUCGAUGCGUCACAAUCUUCCCACGGCAAGGUUGACUGGAAGUGGGCAAUCGAAAAGCUGUGUGACCAGCUGUACGACCCCGAGGUAGAGGUCUGCCGCACUGCGGUCAAGAUCCUCGAGAAGGCAUGCAACAAGAAGGCAUACCUGGAAUACGUUGUCCAGUGCCGCCCAACAAUGGACCACUUGGGAGAAAUCGGCGCUCCUCUCCUCCUGCGGUUCCUGUCUUCUUCCAUCGGCUACCACUACCUCGAUGGCGUCGAUUAUAUCAGCAACGAAAUGGACGACUGGUUCCUCGGCCGGAACGACUCGUACGUCGGAGUGAUCGAGACCAGCUUGGCCAAGGCGUUCCUCGAGAAUCCGGAGGAGCAUCAGAACCGCAUGAACAUGGUGGAUGAGGCUCAAGCGGAGGCGGAGCCAGAGAACCACAUUCCGCCGCACUUCUAUCGCGAGCUCGCACGCACCCAAGAAGGCUGCAAGCUACUGAGCGACAAGGGACACUUUGCCGAGUUUGCCAGCACCAUCAAAGAGUAUGGGAUGCAGUCGGAAGAUCCAGAGCUCUUGUUGAAAGUCAAGGCGUCAAUGUGGGCCGUUGGUAAUGUCGGAUCGAUGGAGCUCGGUGCCCCUUUUAUCGAAUCGUGCGACGUUGUGGAGGACAUUGUGAAGAUCGCCGAAGAGCACGAGGUCAUGAGUCUGCGCGGCACCGCUUUCUUCGUGCUUGGACUGAUCUCUAGAUCCGCUCACGGCCUGGAGAUCCUUUCAGAGUGCGGAUGGGACGCAAAUCUUUCGCCCAGGGGAGAGUCCUUGGGAUUCUGCAUCCCUAACAACCUGUCCAGGUUCUUCUCGUUCAAGCCCUGGGAUCACGCCAUCGCCUCCAAGAUCACGUUGCCAGACUCGCAAAAGACGUUUCUGACUCCGCCGCCAGCCACGGUAGCGCGUCCGCCUUUGGAGAAGGAAGAGCUGCCGGCCUUCACCAACGAACUAGCCACCAACCAACGAAUUCUCGAUCUUGUCGUUGACCUCGGUAACAUGGUGUUGUACAAACGCGCCAUGGGCGAGCUGAUGCAGAUCAGGCAGCAUAAGGUGCCGGGUUUCAGAUGCCCAAAGAUGUUCAAGCGCGUCAUGACGAUGCUCGAAUACAACCACUACCGUUUACCUAUCAGACGAAUGGUACUAGAGAUGUUCGACAAGAGCGUCCUCCGGCGGAUUGUCUUUGGCGAAGACAGCGACAGUGGGUCUGAUGAGGACGAGGACGACGGAGUCAAUGAGUCAUCGUCUGGCGACGAGAACCGAACAGAGAGGCAGAGGAGCAUUUCGGAUCCUUCAGAGCUAGGAAAGGAUAUCCCGACGAGGGCGGAGCGGUCGAACAGCCAAAGCUCGGCAGAUACGGAGAGCUCGGCGGAGACGGCGUAAGGCUCCGUCGACUCGUUACAUCGGCACAAUUUUCUCAGACAACUUGGCAUGUGCGACGAAAGCAGACGGGUAGAUUUUGAGAUGCGCCAGACAUCAUGAUGAGGCGUUUUGCUUUUGGCUUUUCUUGUACUAUAUCUCGGGACUUUGGGGAUGGAUAUGUCUGGUCGGGCAAACCAUUCGAGGCCUUGCCCAGGAAGAAGAAUUUCAGUCAUGACUUGCUGUUUGAGCGAGCAAUGGAUAUGAUGGAGGCGGGUUGGCUGUCUGCAUUUCGAUUCCCAGGGAGUAGGGUGUGCCGGCAGGGUAGGUAGGCAGUUUCAAAAGUGGCUUCUUCUUCAUUUGAAGACUAC